AUGGCUUUGCUUCAGCUGGGUUCACCUCUUAUUUACUGUAGUUUCCUUUCGAAGACUCGGCCUUCAUGCUCGCAGAAACACUGCGCUCUGUCACGUUUCAGAUGCUCGGCGACCGAUAGAACCGCGUCGGAUCAGUCUUCCGUCGUCAUUCGUCGAUCCGCAAAUUAUCCACCCUCUCCUUGGGAUCAUAAUUAUCUAAUCUCCCUCGAGAAUAAAUACGCGAAAGAAGAGAGGGUGAGAGGGAGAGCAAAGUUAUUGAAGGAAGACGUGAGAAAGAUGCUUCUUGAGACAGAGACUUCCACUGAGCAGCUGGAGCUCAUCGAUGCUUUGCAAAGGCUUGGAAUUUCAUAUCAUUUUGAGCGCGAAAUCGGCGAUAUCUUGACGAGAAUUUCCACCGUGGACAGAAAAGGCGGAAAGAAGGAAGAGUUACAUGCCACGGCACUGGAAUUUCGACUCCUUAGACAACAUGGUUUUAGCAUCUCAGAAGAUGUUUUUGACAUUUUCAUGAAUGAAACCAAGGCUGGGGAGUUCAAGACAAGCAUAAGUGAAGACCCCAAAGGACUCCUCUCCCUUUACGAAGCUUCAUACCUAACAACAAAAUCAGAUACUAAACUGAAAGAAGCUAGAUCUUACGCGACGGAGAGACUAAGGGAAAUUAUCGAAAGAAGCUCAAACACCGAUCAUGAUGAAACUCAAUCUUAUAUGUCGAAAAUGGUGAUCCAUGUCCUCGAGAUGCCGUACCAUUGGAGAGUGAAAAGGUUAGAAGCACAUUGGUACAUAGAUGUGUAUGGUAAGAGGCAUGACAUGAAUCCUGUCUUGCUUGAAUUCGCCAAGCUCGACUUCAAUAUUGUACAAUAUGUUCAUCAAGAAGACCUUAAGAACCUCUCCGGCUGGUGGAACAACUCGGGACUGGCGAAACAACUUGAUUUUGCAAGAGAUAGAAUCGCUGAACACUUUUUCUGGGGCCUUGCACUGGUCGACGAACCUCAUUCCGGCUACAUUAGAAGAAUGCUGGCGAAAAUUUUUGCGUUCAUGAUCCCGAUGGACGACAUAUAUGACAUAUAUGGUACCAUUGAAGAGCUAGAAACAUUUACAGCUGCUAUCGAACAGUGGGACGUGAACCGUCUCGAAGAACUUCCUGAAUAUAUGAGGUUGUGUUUUCUCCUUUUAUACAACACUGUUAACGAGAUUGGGUUUGACGUUGUCAGAGAUAAAAGGAUCAAUGUAAUACCUUAUCUAAAAGAUGCGUGGACAGGUUAUUGCAAAUGUUUGUUAAGAGAGGCAAAAUGGUAUAAGAAUGGAGAUAAUCCGAGUCUUGACGAGUACAUGCAAAACACCAUGGUUCUUGCCUCGAUAGUGUUACAGCAACUGUACUGUGCUUGUUAUUCCGACAAGAACUCUGACACAAUCUUAGACACUGCAUCCGAUAACUACAGAUCUGUCACAGAAUCCUCCAUGACUGUUCUACGUCUUGCCAACGAUCUGGACGAGAUGGAAAGAGGGGACACUCUGAAAUCGAUCCAGUGCUACAUGAACGAGAAGGGGGCUACAGAGGAGGAGGCACGUGAGCACGUGAGGGUGAUGAUCAGCGGUGCAUGGGAUGAGCUCAACCGUGAGAUGACAGCAACAGAUCAGUCUACGCUCCCUAAGGGCUUCAUCGAAGUUGCGAUGAAUUUGGCACGUGCGUCGCUGUGCGUAUAUCAGUACGGCGACGGCCUUGGCUCUCCUGAGAAAAGCAAGAUGGUUGAUCGAGUCCUGUCCUUGCUCGUUAACCACGUUCCACUUGAUUAA